CCCGCAUCUUAUUAGCAACCAGGGAGAUUUCUCCAUUUUCCUCUUGUCUACAGUGCGGCUACAAAUCUGGGAUUUUUUUAUUACUUCUUUUUUUUUAAACUACACUUGGGCUCCUUUUUUUGCGCUCUACUUUUCCACCUUUUUCCCUCCCUCCUGCGCUGCUGCUUUUUGAUCUCUUCGACUAAAAUUUUUUUAUCCGGAGUGUAUUUAAUCGGUUCUGUUCGGUCCUCCUGACCACCCCCACCCCCUCCCUCUGGUGUGUGUGCCGCUGCUGCUGUUGCUGCUGCCGCCGCCGCUGCUACUCGCCCCGUCGUUACACCAACCCAAGGCUCUUUGUUUCCCCUCUUGGAUCUGUUGAGUUUCUUUGUUGAAGAAGCCAGCAUGGGUGCCCAGUUCUCCAAGACCGCAGCGAAGGGAGAAGCCGCCGCGGAGCGGCCCGGGGAGGCGGCCGUGGCCUCAUCGCCUUCCAAAGCGAAUGGGCAGGAGAAUGGCCACGUGAAAGUAAACGGGGACGCUUCGCCCGCGGCCGCCGAGCCGGGCGCCAAGGAGGAGCUGCAGGCCAACGGCAGCGCCCCGGCCGCCGACAAGGAGGAGCCCGCGGCCGCCGGCAGUGGGGCGGCGUCGCCCGGCGCGGCCGACAAGGACGAGGCGGCAGCCGCGGCCCCCGAGCCCGGGCCCGGCGCGGCCGACAAGGAGGCCCCCGCGGAGGGCGAGGCCGCCGAGCCCGGCUCGCCCACGGCCGCCGAGGGCGAGGCCGCGUCCGCCGCCUCCUCCACGUCUUCGCCCAAGGCCGAGGACGGCGCCACGCCCUCGCGCAACGAGACCCCGAAAAAAAAAAAGAAGCGCUUUUCCUUCAAGAAGUCCUUCAAGCUGAGCGGCUUCUCCUUCAAGAAGAGCAAGAAGGAGGCGGGCGAGGGCGCUGAGGCCGAGGGCGCCGCGGGCGGCUCAGCCGAGGGCGCCAAGGACGAGGCCGCCGGCGAGGCGGGCGCGGCCCCCGGGGAGCAGGCGGCGGCGGCGGCGCCGGGCGACGAGGCUGCGGCGGCGGCGGGCCAGGAGGCCGCGGCGGGCGCCGACCCGCAGGAGGCCAAGCCCGAGGAGGCCGCUGUCGCACCCGAGAAGCCAGCGGGCGGCGAGGAGCCCCCGGCGGCCGAGGAGCCCCAGGCGGAGGAGAAGAAGGCCGAGGAGGCCGGGGCCAGCGAGGCGCCCUCCGCCGCCCCCGAGCAGGAGGCGCCGGCCGCCGAGGAGCCCGCGGCCUGCGCGCUGUCGUCGUGCGCCGCGCCCUCGCCCGACGCCCAGCCCGAGUCCAGUCCAGAGGCGCCCCCCGCCGAGGCCGCCGAGUAGAGGCCAGGUCCCGCCGAACCGAGGACUUUCUCCCCCGUUUGUUUGUUGGAGUGGUGCCAGGUACUGGUUUUGGAGAACUUGUCUACAACCAGGGAUUGAUUUUAAAGACGUCCUCUUUUUU